GAGACUGGCGUUGAACAAUGAAUGGGGAAACCAGCGAGUUCUUAUUUCCGAGGAACAUGCAAGACAGCAGCUGAAAUGAUUCCUGUUGGACAACUUUCCAGUUCCAGGAAACUUAUUUCCUUCGAGGACAGAGCGGGGAAGAGUUAAACCAGACAGAAACGUGGGGUGAAGGAAGGAAGCAAAUAUAAUUUUGGACAAGUUUGGUUCCCUUGAAAGUUUGUGUGUAGUUUGCUGUUUUGGGGAAGCGGAGCAGACGGACGCUGUGGGAGGUCAAUCUUUGGGUCUUCCCCACCCCUCCCCAAAACAAGGGGAAAAUAGAGAACGGGGACAUUUCCAUUCCGUUUGGUGUUGUCCCGGAUGAAAUGGGAAAUACUGGAAGUUUGGAUGGGCAGACAAAUCUAAGCGCUCAAAUCAUGCCACUGAAGUUACCGAUGCCUGAACAAUGCGAGCUGGAGGAGAGGUUUGCAGUCGUUUUGAAUUCUAUGAAUCUCCCCCCAGACAAAGCACGGCUGCUUCGACAGUAUGACAAUGAGAAAAAAUGGGAUCUCAUCUGUGAUCAGGAGCGCUUUCAGGUGAAGAAUCCUCCACAUACCUAUAUUCAAAAGCUGAAGAGCUACUUGGAUCCCGGAGUCACCAGGAAGAAAUUCAGGCGCCGAGUGCAAGAAUCAACCAAAGUGUUACGGGAGCUUGAGAUCUCCCUCCGAACCAAUUACAUUGGGUGGGUGCGGGAGUUUUUAAACGAUGAAAACCAGGGUCUCAAUGUGCUGGUGGACUAUCUCUCCUUUGCGCAGUGCGGAGUUAUGUUUGACUUUGACCUUGUGGAGAAUGGUGAUGAUGGUGCCCUCGACAAGUCGAAACCCUGGGGCAGGUCUAUAGAAGAUCUGCACCAGAGCAAUGUCCUGCCCCUGGCUUUCAGCAACAGCCUCUCUCGCUCUGCCAGGCAAUCUAUCCUACGCUACAACACUUUGCCUGACAGGAAACUCCUGAAGAACUCCCGACUCGUGAGCCAAAAGGAUGAUGUCCAUGUUUGUAUCAUGUGCUUGCGGGCUGUCAUGAACUACCAGUACGGCUUCAACUUAGUCAUGUCACACCCACAUGCUGUGAAUGAAAUCGCACUUAGCUUGAACAACAAGAAUCCCAGAACCAAAGCCCUGGUAUUGGAGCUAUUAGCAGCAGUGUGCCUUGUGAGAGGAGGGCAUGAAAUCAUUCUGUCUGCAUUUGAUCACUUCAAAGAGGUGUGCAAAGAAAAGCAUCGCUUUGAAAACCUGAUGGAAUAUUUUCGCAAUGAAGACAGCAACAUUGAUUUCAUGGUGGCGUGCAUGCAGUUCAUCAACAUUGUGGUCCAUUCAGUGGAGGACAUGAACUUCCGGGUCCACUUGCAGUUUGAGUUCACCAAGCUGGGCCUUGAUGAGUUCCUGGAGAAAUCUAAGCACACAGAAAGCGACAAGCUCCAAGUUCAGAUCCAGGCCUACUUGGACAAUGUAUUUGACGUGGGAGGCUUGCUCGAGGACGCAGAGACUAAGAAUGCGGCCUUGGAGAAAGUGGACGAACUGGAAGAGCACAUGUCGCAUUUAUCGGAGAGGCUUCAGGAACUGGAAAAUGAAAAUAUGAUGAGGGUAGCAGAACUGGAAAAGCAGCUACUACAUCGGGAUAAUGAACUGGAAAUGAUAAAGGAAACAUACAAGGAUGCCAGCAGCCAGGUGCAUACAUUGCGGAAGAUGAUAAAGGAGAAAGAGGAGGCUUUGCAGCGGCAGUUUCAGCUGGAGAAACAGUUGAUGGAUCUGCGACAUAGUUCUAUUGGUGACUGCCCUGAUGGAGAUCCUUCCAUGUUAUCUCGAUCAUGCCUGCGUUCAGAUGUAAUCCAAAGUGUUUCUUCAACACCAGCACCAUCAACUCCUCCCCCUCCACCACUUGCGCCACCACUGCCAGGUCAAGCACCCCCACCCCCACCACCACCACCUGCGGCUCCUCCGUUACCUGGCACUUCACUUUCAGUUAUCCUCACCUCGGGAUUGUCAGCUAUCCGGAUAAAGAAACCAAUCAAAACCAAAUUCCGUUUGCCGGUGUUCAAUUGGAUGGCUUUGAAACCCAACCAGAUCAAUGGGACAGUCUUCACUGAAAUCGAUGAUGAAAAGAUAUUAGAGGAGCUUGACAUGGAUGAAUUUGAAGACCUCUUCAAGACGAAAGCCCAGGGACCCUCCAUUGAAAUCUCAUGUCAGAAAAGCAAAAGUGCGCAGAAAGCACUGAGUAAAGUGACGCUGCUCGAAGCCAACCGAGCAAAGAAUCUCGCCAUUACGUUGCGCAAGGCUGGCAAGACAACUGAAGAGAUUUGCAGGGCCAUUCAAAUGUACGAUUUGAAGACUCUGCCUCUAGACUUUGUGGAGUGUCUGAAUCGCUUCCUGCCUUUAGAGAACGAGGUGAAGCUUUUGAGGCAGUAUGAGAGAGAACGGAAACCACUUGAUGAACUGUCCAAUGAGGACCGCUUCAUGCUGCAGUUCAGCAAAAUCGAGCGACUGUCUCAGCGCAUGACUAUUAUGACGUUUGUUGGGAACUUCUCCGAGAAUAUUCAGAUGUUGAAUCCGCAACUGAAUGCAAUAAUAGCUGCCUCUGCAUCCAUUAAGACCUCACAGAAGUUGAAGAGAAUGCUGGAGAUUAUUCUGGCACUUGGUAACUAUAUGAAUAGCAGCAAAAGAGGAGCUGUAUAUGGCUUCAAGCUUCAGAGUUUGGACCUGCUCUUGGAUACCAAAUCCACUGACCGGAAGCUGACCUUGUUGCAUUAUAUUGCGAUUGUCAUCAAACAGAAGUACCCCAGCAUCGGCACAUUUUGGACCGAGCUCCACUUCAUCGAGAAAGCUGCAGCAGUAUCAUUGGAAAAUGUCCUCUUAGACGUAAAGGAGAUGGGACACAACAUGGAGUUGGUUAAGCGUGAAAGCAGUAUGCACGAUCACAAUGUGGUGCUGAAGGAUUUCCUGACACAAAAUGAAGGGACACUAGAAAAACUUCAGAAAGAUUCCAGGACUGCACAGGAAGCAUACAAUAAAGUGGUUGAGUAUUUUGGAGAAAAUCCCAAGACUACGCCUCCAUCCGUGUUCUUCCCAGUCUUUGUCCGCUUUGUCAAGUCCUACAGGGAAGCGGAACAGGAAAACGAGCUGCGAAGCAAGCAGGAGCAAGCUUUGAGAGAGAAGAUGCUGGCACAGGAAGCCAAGCUGCAACAGGACCAAAAGUCUCCCUGUCACAGGAAUAAGCGACAACAGCAGGAACUCAUCGCUGAGUUACGAAGACGGCAGCUCAAAGAUCACCGGCCAGUGUACGAAGGCAAAGAUGGGACCAUUGAAGACAUUAUCACAGCGUUGAAGAGUGUGCCCUUCACAGCCCGAACUGCUAAACGUGGGUCCUGGUUCUUCUGUGAAACGUCAUUGUGUGAAGAGUCCAAUUGUUAAUGUUUGUGCCCUCUACAGUCUACAGCUAUGACAGAUCUUAGAAGUCAACCAUUCCGACGUGCAGACGCGGUGAUACGACAUGGAUGGAAACACCUCUGAAGAAAAGAGUUGGGUGCGGGGAGGGGAGAAGGAGAGGGCAACUGCAACCAAAUUGACAGUGUUAUCAAAAACUGUUCCCUCGAAGCAUCUCGGGAUGCACUUUCUUUUGUCACCGCACAUCAACUCCCUGAAAUGGUGAACUUCCUGCACAUGUACCUUUGUAAUCCACAAAAAAUUGGCAUGGUGUGGAUAGGAAACAUGAGGGAGAGUGCACAUUCCCUUUCUGUUUCUGCAGGGAAAUAUGUUUUCUUUUAAAAUCAAUCCACAAAAACUACUCACCACUUAAUGGAUAAAAUGAUACAACUACGUGUUUGAGAUCCUGAUGCUCCAUCAAAGCUGGGAGGAAGCAUGUUUCUCAGUAGGAUAGAAAACACAGAACUAUUGGCUGUCUCACCAAAUUAGGGCAGCCUGUGAAAUUUGAACGCCUUGUUACGGCAGUAUUACCUGGGCACAUUAACUAUGGAGUUCUUUCUAUUUUGUAGUCUUACAUUAAAUUAAUGUAUUUUUCCAUUAUUCCUCCUAUGUCUUGUACAGUUAACUUGACCUUCUGUGAUGUUUCCAAAGAAACUUUGGCAUCUGUUCUUGCCAAAGUAAAAUGGCCGCUAUUGUUGGAAUGUUAUCUUUCUCUUACAUUGAUUUCAAACCCAUUUUGAGGUCCUUCUGAGCAUUUCCAGGUGUUUAGCUCUCUGAAUAUUGCUAAAUUCCUUGAUAUAUUUGGAAAUCCUAAUGAGAAUACUGAAGCAUAUUCAAUGGAACUAGCAAUUAGACCUACAAAGUCUGUUGAGAAGCAGAUGUAAGGGCAAAGUUUCCUCCCCUUAAGUCAGACUUUUUCACUACUUGUCAGACUCAUUGCAUUGCAAGGGAUUGGAUGGAGCAGAUUGGGGUGUUUGGAAGUCUGAGUGAGGAGAAUAUGUAAUCCACACAGACCUGACUGUGUUUUACCACUGUUCUUGAGUCAGCAUUUACUUAGCAUCUAAAAGGUUCAUCAUGCACCCAGGUUGGAUGGAAUUUGAACUCUGACUUUUGAUCAGCACUCGGGCUGUUAUUUUUCCUGAUUCUAUGAAUUGAGAAGGAGAUAUCCAAUUAGAAAUUGUUCUUACCUCUGUUCUGAUCUGGGAAUUAUGGACUCGAAUUCUGUGUAUUUUUUUUCUUCCUUUGUUAACUGGAACCGUAUCUCCUGUUGGAAGUAAGGGAACUGAAUACAAACUACAGAAUUAACUCUUUUAUUGUUCGGCUAGCCAAUGAAUUAAGCCCUCUGAUAUUGUCAAUUGUUUUAUUUAAUAUAUAUACUUUAGGAGCAUUUGCACUUAAGCCCAGUAUCCCCAAAUGCUCUGAUACAGUUCUUGGGUCAAACCCUUAGUUCACCAUCUCUCCCAGUGAUAGAUGCAGUUCAUCUCUGCUAGCUGGUUCCCAUCCUCUGUCCAAUUGACUCAACUGAAAAGAGCAUCUCUCUCACUUGGGUGUUGAGUGGGUCCUUGCUGCUUGGGCUCACUGGGGUAGUAGACCAGAAUGUGGCUGGUACCUCAGGGAAUUGUGGGGGAGUGAAACCUAAGGUAGAAGAGAAAUUCACUAUUUGGGUGCAGUUUUCAAAACCAAACUCUCUUCAGUGGGACUAAUCCCACCAGCUCUCACUAGUGUCCAUGAUUACCAAUAAACUCUAGAUACUACCAUAAAACAAUUUUAAGGCAAACUCCGUUUUUAGUUGUAUUUGGCAGUACCAGAGCUGUGCUUUGCAAUGUAAAGUUGCAGUUCCAGUAUCACUGAUUUUACAACAAUUUGCUGGAAGGUAUUUUUGGCCUUUUCAAUGAAAUAGGCUACAGUCUUGAACUGAAGGUCCGGAGGCAAAGAUUUGCAUGUAAAUAUAAGGCAUUUCAGAUAUAAUUUAAUGUUACAGUUGGUUGUGUGAUCAUUUUGCAGAAUAGGUGAGAAAAUCUUAUGUUUAAAACAAAAAUCAGCUUUGCAUUCAAUUCAAAUGUGUGCCUUCGAUGCUUAGUUCUUGGUUUGUUUAUAGUUCCCCAUUUUCUAAACCAAUUACAGCAUAAAGGAGGCCAGUCUGCCUGCUGUACCUAGCAAUACCUUAUUAACUAGAUUAAUCUGCUCUUGCCCAUUUCCUCUUUCCACUUGCCCAUUCAUUUCAUUUUUCUCCCCAAAACUUUUGAUUUCACCUCAAGAUGGUACAGCCCCUUGCCUCAACAGCCACUUCUGGUAAUACAUUACACCUUGUAAUUUGGGAUAGAUUUUAUCCCUUUUAUUUUGAUGAUAACCAAUUGUGUAUGGCCCCAUUUCAUUUUCCUGAAUCAGCAGUCUGCAGAAACAGUCUUUUGUUAUUAAUCCUUUCAUAAUUUAGAUGCUUUUGUCAGAUUCCCUUCUUAACUCUGUUCCAAAUGGGAGGGGAGGGGGUACAAUAUAUCAGGCUGUCCUUCACUGCUGCAUCUAAUUCCUUGUAUAAUAUUAAUGAAUCUUCACUGCUCCCUUUCCAAAGACUCUAACAUUCUUUGUUCCCUAUUAUAAUUUUCCCCACAUUUGAAAUAAGGAUCCCACAUUUUGUCUUCACUAACCUUUUUCUCUUCACAUAUUUAUAGAAGCUUUUGUGAUCAGUUUUGAUGUUCCUUCUAAUUUUACUCUCGUACCCUAUUCUCACCCUCUUGAUCAAACCUCUUUUGCUGAAUUCUAAAAUGCUUCCAUUCCUCAGGCUUGCUGCUUUUUCUGGCACUUUUAUCUGUUGACUAUUUGGAUCUACAGUAAGCCGUGUUGAGCCACCUAUCCUCUUUUACUUUUGCACCAGAUAGGAAUGAAUAUUGUUAUAAUUCAUGCACACAUGCUAUAAUAUGAACCAUUGUCUAACCACUGUCAACCUGUUGAGUAAGGUUCCCUGUUCUAUCCCAGCCAAUUCUUGCCUCGGACCCUCAUAGUUCCCUUUAUUUAGAUUCAGAUUUAACUCUCUUUAGAUUCAACGACUUAAUUCUUCACCUUAAUGAAGAAUUUGUUCAUAUUAUGGUUGCUGUUCCCAAAAGGACCCAUCACAACAAAAAAGUCACCACGAUUAUAGUUGUACUCUUACUGCGUGCAUUUCUGAUUUAAUGCCUUUCCUUACGUCUCCACUCAGCCCCAAUAAUGUUUUAUGCCCCUUGGUGUUUGUGAUCUCCAUCCAUACAGGUUCCACAUCAUGGUUAUCCAAGAAAAUAUCUUUCCUCACUAUUGCUUUGAUUUCCUCCUUUACCAACAAUGUUAUUUCACUUGCUUUCCCUUUUUGUCUCUCCUUUCCAAAUAUGCCUGGAUGUUCAGUUCCCACCCUUGGUCGCCCUGCAGCCACAUCUCUGUAAUCGUAACAAUAUCAUUAACCAUUUAUUUAAUUCAUCUGCCUUAUUGUAAAUGCUCCAUGUGUUACAACACUAUGCCUUUAGACUUGUCUUUUUAAUUUUGUUAAUCAGAACAAUAUUUCAUAGCUUUCAGGGUCAGUGGGUCCAAAUCCUCCAACCCUCAGAGUGAAAAUUACAUGUUUCAGGGCAAUUCUUACCAAGGUGAGUCUGGUGAGUGAGGAAAUUCCUUUAAGCCAUCAGCUUCAGGAUUAAAAUCCAGGUGUGUGUGUCUUGCUAUAUUACAGUACUCUGCUCACAUGCCAGACAGGCUAACAUCCCACCCUAAAUUGACACUGUCUUUAAAUUCAGGUCACAUUAUUAGAGACAUAGUCAGGCUGAUCCAACAUGUCCCAUUGAGCAAUGGAAAAAUCAGCACCUUUGGAAUGAUUUGAGUGUACAUCAGCAAGCUUAAACCUCUCUCAUUACUGACUUGCCUCAUGAGGUGGAAGUUGAGCCUGAAGGUGAGGAAUCAAUGUCUUAUCUGCUCGUUCACUGAUGUGUGUCACAAACCUGAUGUGAGAACAGCUUUAUUUAUUGAAUUUUUAAAACAUUAUGUUUUUAAACGUUGCUGUCCAAAGACUACAAAAUUAUUUAAAGCAAGGCGUGUCUUGUUGUUUCGAGCUAAUUCAAUGGUCUUCCAUUUUUCUAAUAAAAUAACCCCAACAGCGAGCUUUUUUAAAAUUACACUUGAUUUGUACCGUCAGUUAUAGUUUACAAUUUAUGCUGCUUCCCCCAUGUAUUCUUGGAUUGUUCCAGUGAUGUGAUAGAUUGAAUGACUUUACAUUAUUGUUUAGCCUGUAGCAUCAUCUGGAAGACCAUCUGAUACAAAGGUGCAAUGUAAUAGUCAAAGCUAAGGUAUAGACUCAGAAUGUAUGUUUUUAAUACUGGAUUUCAGUAAGUCUACCCAUCAGUAGUUAUUAUUUAAAAAGUGAGCUGUGGACCUGGGGGAAAAUAGACUUCAAAUAAUCCAUGCAUUCCUGUACAAAUCCACAAGGUCGCCAUUUUAUUUUGUCUUUCUGGUAUGUAUUACAUAUGAAGUAUUUAGUUUGUAUUUUAACCAUUCCGUUCCAAACUCUACAUUCCUGUAGUUAACUGUAUGCUUUUGUAAUUGUAAAAAAAACUGUUAAAUUCAUUCAAUUUUCCAUUUUUUAAAAAGACUAUUUUUAAAACUAUGCCAAAGUUGAGGCUUUCUGCCACUACGCAAUACUGUACAUAUUAUUCUUAAUAAUUAUUAUAAAUCCA